ACUAGUGCGGUGGGAAAGUGCGUGAAUGCAGCGUAAAGACGAGCUGGGUGAGCCAUGGUGAUGUAGUGGCUGCAAAGCUAAAGCUGUCGAUGUGAAGUGAGUAACAUUAACUCCUACUACUGGAAAACCCCGUUUUCGGACAUAAACCCCACUGAACGUUACCCAUCUGAUAGAAGUGUUCGUUAUCUUCGCUGGUAUAUCUUGCUAACAUCGAUGUUAGCAACUAGCCUGUUCGUGUAAAUGCUAUUCACUAGAAUGGACCUGUUGAACUCUCAGUUCCUGGACAAGAUGAACAAUAACAUCGGGAGACUGCACUACGAAGAUGAGUCCAGGACACCCUCCCUGCCCACUGCUAUGGCCAAUAUAACUGGGCCUCCUCCACACUGCCCCAGCAAACGAAAGUAUGGCGAAGAACAAAUGGACGACCGAAUAAACUGUGAUGAUGACCACAUGACCAAAAUGAGCAGAUUGUUUGCCACUCAGCUGGCCCGUCCCUCUGCUGGAGACAACCGCAAUGAGCACUGGAGCCACAGUCACACUCCUGUGGAGCACAUCACUUCCUCCUCCAACGGUCUCCAUGGAAACCACCUGUAUUCUUCCAUUUCUGGCUAUGAUGUAGACCAGCCUCUGGCUCUGACCAAAAGCAGCCACGACAUAGGAGGUGGGGGCAGAGAGAGGCCCGUCAUGAGUGGGACUGCAGAGCGGCAGCAGAAUCGUCCCUCCGUUAUUACCUGUGCUCCUGCGAGCAACCGCAAUUGUAACCUCUCGCACUGCCACAUGAAUGGCUGCUCACCCAGCCCACCUGCUGAUCAGAGGAAGCCCAAUGCUAACACAGUAAGCGAUCCUGUGAUUGAGGAGCACUUCCGUCGCAGCCUUGGAAAAAACUACAAAGAAGCAGAGCCUGUGUCCAACUCGGUGUCCAUAACAGGUUCAGUGGAUGACCACUUUGCCAAGGCGCUAGGAGAUGCCUGGCACCGAAUCAAGGCCAAGGGCGGGGAUCAUCAAACCCCGGAGGCAGAUCCAUGAAGCUGGGUUGGAGUAAACAUUACAAUCACUUUCUUAGUGUUUGCAUAUGAGAGUGGACAUUGCCCACUGUCAUUUCUUGCCAAGCAUCAACUUCCUUUAGCCACGAACAAUGUAAGACAAAUGGUGCUCACAUAGGCUGUUCAGUUGUAGACCUCAAGGUCGGAUUUGUGCUCUAAAAUUGGUAAAGUCUCCAUUAAAAUUGCAUAGUUAGGUUGACAAUUUUAGUGGUGGAAACAGUACAAUCAUAGAUGUUAUUUUGCAUUGAUAAUGAGAUUCAUAAAGUGGUUGGUUCUGUUUCAUCUGCCUUUCACCUGCCUUGAUAGCCAAAGAAAUGUUCUGCCUUUCCCAUCAACACAUAAGCCAUAGAUCUGGUCUUUUUUUCUAAAAUCACACUGCUUUUUAAAUCUAUAUUACUUGAAAAGGUCAGCCAGGUCUCAUUUGCGCUAUUAUGUUUCUGACCAUUUAGGUAGCAGGUUACCUGUUAAAGUUGGAACUAAUGUGUUCAAGAAUGCAUCCUGUGGUUGGAAAUUGUGAUAUUGCAAUUAAGGCUCUGGCCCCCCCUGCUUUUUGAAGACGCUAGACUAGUCUGUCUUCUUUAUGAUCCUGAACUGGACUUAUCCACUGUUAACUAAAUAAUUUUAGUUUCCUGUCUUUAUGCUUACUGUGGCUGAUUACUUAGUAAACUAAUAUCAAUCAUAGUAGAUGUGUCUAGCUAGAAAGCAUGUUUCAAAUAGCUGGUUUCUAUUACAAACCUUAUUCUAUACUAUAUAUUUACUCAGAAUUUAUUUUUUAUCUGUAACAUUUUAGAAAUACUCACUGCUGGUACAGUUGUACUCAAUAUAUUUUUUGUAUCUGGUUUUCAUUACUAUAUGUAGGUGUAUAUCAUAGCAUCCAUCUACAAAUCACAGCCUCUGGCAAGGUUGUCUGAAUGCAGUUUAAAAGGCUAUUGCUUUGUUAUUCUGUGGAGCUGGAUGCUAUAGCUUUAUACAUGACUGAAUACAGCUAAAUCGGACCUUCUGUAGCACAGUCUAUUAGCAGUGGCUUUAUUUAUUCUGAACAUGUCGAUAGUUUCAUGUUGACUUUUGGCAAGAACAUAGGGACAGCAGAAUUCUAACUUUGAUUUGUUUCUUUCUCAUGACGAACAACAGACGAUGUCUCCAUUCCUUCAGUAACAAAGUUGAUUUCCCCUUAAAACUAAGAUUUUAAUUUGCAUGCAAUAGGUUUCCUUAAUUUACGAGUAGGCAUCAACAUUCCACCAUGACUGCCAGACACUGUUACUUCAGUUGUGUUUAGCAAGCACAACUCAAGUGACUAGUAUGUUUGUCUUUUGUUAAUCGAGGUAAUGUCGGGGUUUGAGUUGCAAAAAUCUUCAUGUACUAUGGAGAAAAGGUAAAAGUCAAAAAGGGUUUUUUUGUGCAGUUGAGUUUUGUUUAAAUUAAUUUCCCUUCUGAAAUUCUCUAAUAGUAGCGUAACAUAUUUGUCAACACUGAUUAAGAUAUGGUAUUGUAAAUUCAGAUUUGUUUUUGUAUGUCAAUUAACUGUCUGUGCAAGCAUAUACAUUUGUAUUAAUAUUCUACAGUUUUUAAAUGGUUACAUACACUAUCCUGUCUUCAUAUUUUAUUUUACUCAUAUAAGACUAUCAUUGCGCCGCGCGGAAUGAUCAUAGAUAUUUUGUUUCUAUUCUGAGUAGUGUACUCACGUAGCAUGGAUGUUUAGUACCUUCUAACCAUGCUUUUUUUUAUCUUUCUAAAAAUGUAUUAUUUUCCCAUAAUUGUCAGAGGAUGAAUAAGUGCAGGAACACAAACAGUCUUUUUAUCAAAGACUUUGUUGGUGCAACGUCAGAAAGACUUCUGUACUAACAGUAUAACGAGUUUGUUUAGCUCUCUGUGGGCACCGUAGUGGAAUUUCGGGAUUAUCAUGGGAUCUGCUUGUUUGACACAAGUAGGUUUUUCAGUAAUGUAUUUUGGGGUAUUAGUCCAUUGUUAUUUAAUUGCUACAUUUAGACUACCUGUUUCUCAAAGACUGUUGGCAGAAAAUACCUGCUCCAGGUGUCAUCCACAUAGAAAAAAAGAAACACUUGUUCACUUUUGACUUUAUUUCUCUGGAAGAAAAUGCCACUGUUUUGUACUUAAUUUCUUCCAAAUAAACAUAAAAAUGCUCACA